UCCCCCAGCUCCUGGACAUUCUUUGGUUUUCCAGCAUCUUCUGCGUAUUUUAACCUUUUCCAAAAGUUCAUUGGAGGGUGGUCAACGUGCAGUUGUCUUUAAUAGAAUUGGAGGGAUGCAGAUGGAUACAGUCCUCUCUGAGGGUCUCCACUUCAGGAUACCAUGGUUUCAAUAUCCAAUCAUAUAUGAUAUCAGAGCGAAACCAAGAAAAAUAUCAUCUUUAACAGGAAGCAAAGACCUGCAGAUGGUGAACAUCGCAUUGCGUGUGCUGUCACGACCGGUGGCUUCCAACCUUCCUGUCAUGUACCAGCAUCUGGGGAAGGACUACGAUGAGCGUGUGCUGCCGUCCAUUGUAAAUGAAGUUCUGAAGAGUGUGGUCGCCAAAUUUAACGCAUCCCAACUAAUUACACAAAGAGCCCAGGUUAGUAUUUUCUCACAAUCUGCUACUCAGUUUUGAAAGACUUUCACAUAUUCUAGAUAUGAACAGUCCAUAUUCAAAAGAAGGCAAAUCUCCAAAUUCCAGUCUAAAAAUGAUUAUAUUCUUCACUACAGUGGCGGCUCGUCGGGGGAGGCACAGCCUCCCCAUA